UUCUCGUGCGUGCGCACAAGCAACCCUGCCCUCUCACACAGUGCAUACCAGUCACAUUCUUCUCUCCCAUAGUUGGAAACAAAUCUCUGUAUCCUCUCUGUAUUUAUACAAAUCUGUCACUUUCUUCCUCAUCUGUUUCCAGCCCUUUAAUACCAGAACCUAACCAAGUCAAGUCGAAAACACAACAAGAAACCAAUCUAAUUCCUCCCUAAUACAGUAUCUUUCUUGACAUCUUGAGAGAAGAGGGAGAAAGGAGAGAGCCGUGGUUCUAGUGUGCUAGAAACACACACAAAAAAGAGAGGCACAACACACAAGCAGAAACAAACACUUCCCAAGAACGCCAAGAACCUUCCUUAGCUUCCGACGCUUUGCCCGUUCGAUCCCUUGCACUAACGCGAGCCGCUUGCGCCAGUGCGCGCGCCCACGGUGGCGAAAGGCUGAGGGGCUGCAUCAAUGGAGGCGGCAGCGUCGGCGCCGGACCUGUCGCUGCACAUCAGCCUGCCGAGCAGCGCUGCGUCGCCGUCGACCGCUCCGGGGCUGGGCGAUGGAGGUGGGGGGCGAGGUACGGCGGCGGGAGGGGACCCGUGGCGACGCCUCAAUGGGUCCACGGCGUCGACCGAGCUGUCGCUCUCGCCGCCACCGCCUCAGGAGGGGCCUGCGGACGUCCUUCCGUGGCGGCUGCGGCCAACAGCAGCCAAUUCCUCCUCCUCCCCGGCGGAGGCGGCGUUACUCCCGGUGACCGUGCCGAGGCUUUCGCUCGACGCCGCGGCGUCGGAGGAGGCGGCGCGGGCGCGGCCAAUCAACGGGGUGCCCGUCUACAGCAGCCCGCGGGCCGCUGGCGCUCCGUUUCUGGGCGUCAGCGACUACAACCCCUACCACUACUCGGCGUGGCCCUCGUCCCUGCGCUCCACGACGUCCCAGGCCGCGGCUUCCGCGGCGGCGUUCCUCGCGCCGUCCGCGUACCACCGGAUGCUGUCGGGCUCGGGCACCGGCCGGCUCCACAUCCACGGCGUGCUCGCCGACACGCUCCGCGGCUACGGCGGGCAUCACCAGCACAUAGGCAGCCUGGCCUCGGCCCACUACAUGCCGAGGCUUCCGACCUCCCGGCGCGGCAUGCGCGCGCCGCGGAUGCGGUGGACGAGUACCCUCCACGCGCGCUUCGUCCAUGCCGUCGAGCUCCUCGGUGGCCACGAGCGGGCGACGCCGAAGUCGGUGCUCGAGCUAAUGGACGUGAAGGACCUGACGCUAGCGCAUGUGAAGAGCCAUUUGCAGAUGUAUAGGACCGUGAAGAGCACUGACAAGCCUGCAACCUCCUCAGGGCCGGUCGACGGCGGUGGCUCCGGCGACGACGACCCCCCGAGUGCCACGCAGGCUCCGGACGUCAACCCGCAGCCGUUCACGGGAAACCGGUCAGCCUCAUCGGAGGGCGCAGCAAGCCAUGCCCAUGCUGGUGGCGGCGACGUCGAUGACGUUGAAUGCUCCUCGGCCGACGAUUCCGAUGGCUGCAGAGCGCGCAGCGCUUCAUCAAAAGAUCAAUGGCUACCAUCAAGUGCAUGCAACAACAACGUAGACGCCCAUCGUUCUGUUGGCGUUUCAUUCACCAUUGAGGACGAGGACAUGGAGCCUUGUAGAUCAGAUGGCUUGCAGCAGGUACCCAACCAUGAAAUGAGCAGCCCUAGCCUGGAGUUCACGCUGGGACGACCGAACUGGAACGGUGAUGCAGAACAUGACUAGCAGCACGAUCUAGACACAUUCACUGCACAUUAUUAAUUAUUUCAGCUAUACUGCUUACGAUCAUACUUUGAUCGGUCUCUGCAUCGUCAAAAUUAUAGCAAUGUGAUGAAACAAAAGAAGGAACGGUGGUUUUGUGUUCAGUCCGAAGAACACAUCAUAGUCUCUCUUUGUCUUUCUUCUUUUUUUUUCCAUAACAUUGUCUUUCUUUUUUUUUAACUAGUAGUUUUUUUUUGUUAACUUUCUUCUUUCUUGGGGCACGAAACAAAAGCAUAGCAGUUUGUUCAUGAGGGUAAGCUAGGGAAGGGAGCUUAAAGUCAUUUCUAUCUCGUCAGGUCGGUUACUGACAGAAUGUAUCAUGUUGCACCUGGGAAAAAAAAGGAAAUCUAACUAGAAAGUGAUGAUUUUU